AUGAGCCAUCCAGUUUCAAAACAACCAGGUAGCGGUGGUGAUUUAUACCCAUAUAAUGGCGCUUGGAGUAACGAGCUUUUUGCUUCAUUUAAACCAUGUCCACAAUCGGCUCUCUUUUGCUUUUGUCUUCCAUGUUGUGUUGCUAAAAUGAGUGAUCGUCAAGGUGAUCAUAUCUUAACAUGCUGUGUUAAUCCAUGCACAUUAAUGGCAAUUCGUACAAAAGUUCGAGCAGCCUACAAGAUUAAAGGAAGUUUGAUAGAAGAUUGUCUUGUAUCAGCUUGUUGUGUAGGACCAUGUGCUGCAAUGCAACUUGAUAAAGAACUAACUGCACGUGGUAUUCCUGAAAAACGCGCCAAAUAA